AUGCGCGCAGUGAAGUCCGUCCUGGUGAUGGCAGGACAACUGAAGAGGAAGUACCCCACCCUGGUGGAGGACCUGAAACGCGACGUGACCUUGAUCCGCGCGCUUCGGGACUCCAAUGUACCCAAGUUCCUGUCCUUCGACCUGCCGCUCUUCUUCGGCAUCAUCAGCUGCCCAGCGAUGUUGUGGGAUCCGUGCGACCUUUAUCCAGAUGCCGAUGUGCCAUAUGUGGACUAUGGCAGUUUGCAGAAAGAGAUCGAAAAUCAGCUGCGAAUUGCCAAACUGCAGGUGGUGCCCACCUUUGUGGGCAAAAUCAUCCAACUUCUGGAGACGCAGCUGGUGCGUCAUGGCGUCAUGGUGGUGGGCAAUGCCUUUAUCGGCAAAUCCACCAAGAUCCAGGUCUUGGCCAAAGCCUUGUCCAAGCUCCGCCAGGAGGGGUAG